CCCCGCCCGCCGUUUCCCAACCAACAUGGCCGCCUCCAUCGUCCUCCGCGGAGCGUCUCGCCUGCGACCUGCUCUACGCCUCUCUCACGCCGGCUGGCUGCGAUGGGCCCCGCGGCGCGGGCAUCGGCUCACGCCGGCCGACGACGAGCUGUACCAGCGCACCAGCAUCUCCAUGCUGCAGCGCGAGUCCCCGCACACCACGUACGUGGACAGCUACAGCAGCCGCGGCUUCACGGUCAACGGCAACCGCGUCUUCGGGCCCUGCGCGCUGCUGCCCAGCUCGGUGGUGCAGUGGAACGUGGGAUCUCACCAGGACAUCACCGAAGAGAGCUUCUCCCUCUUCUGGAUGUUGGAGCCCCCAAUAGAAAUUGUGGUGGUGGGCACUGGAGAUCGGACAGAGCGGCUGCAGCCCCAAGUGUUGAAAGCCAUGAGGCAGCGGGGCAUCGCCGUGGAGGUGCAGGACACGCCCAAUGCCUGUGCUACUUUCAACUUCCUGUGCCACGAAGGCCGUGUGACAGGAGCUGUGCUCAUUCCUCCCCGUGGAGGGGCUGCGCUCACAUCUCUGACCCAGAAUGCAGAGGGGAGAACCGUCAGUACAUGACCUGAUUUGUCCUGGAGGGGCCUGGCACUUUGGCCACCACUGCUCGAAGACUAUUAGCCCCUCCAAUCUAGCGUUGUAUCUUAUGUUUCCCCAUAGCAGAUUAAUAAUUUAUGCACUUU